UGCUUUUGCUUCUCCCUUUCGAUGAAGUUCAAAUAUUCUUUGGAUUAUGCAGAUUCUCCCUAUCCCUCCUCGACUGUGACAACACUAAUUUUUAGAAGAGAUCGCGGCGAAUCAUAGUCUGAGGUGCUCAUCCGGUUGAAUCACAGGGAUCGACAAAAUGAGUGAGGUAUUCGAAGGAUAUGAGCGGCAGUACUGCGAACUUUCUGCAAAUCUCUCGCGGAAAUGCACGGCCGUGCCUCUCCUUAACGGAGAGCAGAAGAAGCAGAAACUUUCUGAAAUACAAGCUGGAGUAGAAGAAGCUGAAGCAUUGAUUCGUAAAAUGGAUCUUGAAGCAAGAAGCUUGCAGCCAAGCCUGAAGGCAAAUCUUCUUGCAAAAUUGAGGGAAUACAAGUCAGAUUUGAACAAUUUAAAAAGAGAACUUAAAAAAUCUUCAGCAGCUAAUGAUCCCCAGGCUGCAAGGGAUGAACUACUUGAAUCAGGGAUGGGUGAUACUUUGAUGGCAUCGGCAGAUCAGAGGGGCAGAUUAUUGAUGUCAACAGGGAGACUUAACCAGACAGAUGAUCGGAUCAAGGACAGCAGGAGAACACUUCUUGAGACAGAGGAUCUUGGUGUUUCUAUUCUUCAAGAUCUGCAUCAGCAACGACAAUCACUAUUGCAUACACAUGAUACGCUUCACGGUGUUGAUGACAACAUUGGUAAGAGCAGAAAGGUUCUUACUUCAAUGUCAAGGAGGAUGAGCCGAAAUAAGUGGAUUAUAGGCGGAAUUAUAGUUCUUCUGCUCAUAGUUAUCAUUGUGAUUGCGUACUAUAAGAUUUCUCACAAAUAGCUCUCUGGAUUAUUGAUAUUGCAGUUUCAUUAUCAUGAUGUGUGGGUGAAAAUUAAACUAUUGCAUCUGUUAAUGGGCAGCAGCCUGCUAAUGCCUAUUUGAAACUCCCUCUUAUGAGUUCUAGUACUCAAACCAAUGGAAGAUGGCAUUUGUAUUUUUGGACCUUCCAGAGUGUAUGUAGAUUGUGUUGGUCUGCCAAUAAGUGGCAAAGUAUUUUCAAAAUAUAAAUGGUGUUGUGAUGCUUAGAUGUGCUGGCUGUGAUGAAGAUUGCACAUUCAGUUUUGGUAGUGGCUGAUUGUUUGAACUUUCACUUUAUCCAAAAAAUUGGAGUUUUGUUUUUCUA